AUGGUCUGGACUCGACAGGCAGUCUCCAUCUGCCACGUGUACUUGAUGCUCUCCUCUCACGUCAUCCCCGUGUGCCAGGGCGCACGGCCAGCGGCCAGCUUGGACCAAGCCGACGUGGACCAGAAGAGCCAACAUGACGGUGUUCGGGUGCACCGCGCACACCUACUGGACGACGGCACUGGCUCCUCGCUCGAGAACAGCACCGAUGCUUGGGGGAAGAAAUCCGUCCCCAGUCCACCAGAGCCACCACUGCGGCGCAGCUAUUGCUGGAGCGAGGAUGACUUUGCCCAGUACGAUCGACGCAAAGCGCAGGUCGGCAAUGCUCUCACGGCUAUGGGGGUGCAGAAGACCAUGAUGGAUCCUCCCGGCUGCACUUUGCGGCGGCAGGAUGCGACAGUCCAUCGACAUGUCGGCGUCGUCACUGCUCCACUAGACCGGGGCUGGAUUGGCUUCAUCCAGACAUGGCAGAGUCGCAUUGAAACUGCGGCUCAGGUCGUUUCGUUGGUGAUCCGGGAGACCGCUCAGUACAUCCAAGUGGCGUCACAGGCCGCUGCGCCUUACUUGGGCCCCAUCGGGCUGGUCCUGACGGGCGUCUCAAUUGCUCUGCAACACAAAGAAAUCCAGGACCUCAAGCGGGAGCUUGCAAACCUGGACCCGCACUUGAACUUCAACGAACACCAGGUGAUCCAAUGCCAGAUCAAGCACGCUCGGUUGGGCCGCUUUACGACAAUCAUCUCCUUCGUCCAGGGCGUUAUUGCCACGACCGCCGGAGUCGCCACUGGCGGCGCGAGCGUGGCGGUCUCCAUCGCCCUCUCCAUCGGCUCAAGUAUGAGCAACCAUAUCCGUUCAAAGCAUUGCGCCGACCUGAAGAGGAGACUGGAAGCAAACUCUGCACACGCCGAAACUCUCUGGGAAGGUCUUGAGGACGUGACGAAUGAGCCAGGGAGCGAGUAG